AUGACCGUCCCCAACGACCAACAACAUGUCCAGCGACCAGCGCAGAUCCUGUUCACCUGCCAUCCCCUGACAGGCCACAUCACCCCCGCGCUGCGCGUGGCCUCGGAGCUGCGGCGGCGCGGGUGGCCCGUCUCGUUCCUGGGCCCCACCACGCACCGGCACCGCAUCUCGGCGUCGGGAGUCGACUUCAUCCCCCUGCAGGCCGAGGCUGACAUCGACGACCUGCUCUACUACUCCCCCGACAACCCAGACCCGCCGGUGCCCGCGUACCACUCGCUGCUGUGGUACGAGCGCACCCUCGUCGACGUGGAGAAGCACUGCCUCGAGCCCAUCCCGGCGCAGUGGCGAUGCCUGAAGGAGGCGCUGGCCAGCCUGCAGGCGCGCAGUCCUGACCUUCCCGUCGUUGUCAUAUCAGAGGCUUUCUUCCACGGCAUCUUGCCUCUGUAUUUUGGCGCGCCACUGCCGGAGGGUGUCAAGCGACCCAGGACGCUGUGUGUCUCCGUCACGCCGCCGGCGAUCCGUAGCAUCGACCUUCCUCCCUUCGGCUACCCCCUCCCAUUCUCGCAGACACCCGAGGGGAGAGCCCGCAACGCAGAGACCUGGGAGAUCUUCGGAGAGGAGACCUCAUCCCUGAAGAAACUCUUCGACGAAAAGCUGGCCGAAGCCGGAGCCACACGCUUCCCUCCCGGCCCGGUCCUCCAAGGGAUAAACUACACAAGCCACGACGCCAUCCUGCAAAUCGGCGUCCCCAGCUUCGAGUACCCGCGGAGCGACUGGCCCCAGCAGUUCCAGUUCCUGGGCUUCCUCCCACUGGCUGCUCCCCCGCCCAAAGGCUACCCGAACCUGCCCGGCUGGUGGGGCGAGCUGACCAGCACCGAGAAGAAGGUCGUCGUGGUUGCCCAGGGGACGGUCGAGACGGACCCGAACGACCUGAUCAUCCCCACCAUCGAGGCGCUGCGCGGGCGGGACGACGUGCUGGUGGUGGCCAUCAUGGGACGCAAGGGCGCGGCUCUGCCGGCUGACUUUGAGGUGCCUCGUAAUGCGCUUGUCACUGAUUAUCUUCAUUACGACGCGGUUCUGCCCUACGCCGAUGUCUGGGUGCACAAUGGCGGUUACGGGGCGAUCACGCACGGUAUUGCUCAUGGCGUGCCGAUGGUGGUGGCUGGUGAGGGCCAGGACAAGCCGGAGAACGUCAAGAGAUACAAAAGCAAAGAUGAGCAGCAGCCCUGA